UAGCUUAGAAAUAGUGUGGUGCUCGGUGGGGGUGUAAGUGGGGAAUACUAGGCGACCUCUGCCGGAGCUGCGGCCGUGCUUCGAACUACGCGUUGCAUUGCUGUUGAAAAUGGCGUCGCGCUCGGAGCUGCCAGAAUAUUCGUCCCCAGCGAAACGUCGGAAGGUCGACUGCGACGAGUACGGAACAUCUUCUGGCGCGGAACUCGAUUUCGUGGAUCGCGAGGCGUCCCGCGAGUCCCCAGACGAAGAUCUCGAAGAAACUCUUGGUGGUGAUAGUGGUUUCAAUGAGUUGAGUGAUGGUUCAAAAUCUGUCCCUAAUACACCGGAUGUAACAAACCUGACAUCAACACCGACGCGUACAGAUUCAACAAGCGACGAUACUGGUUGCUCACUUGACACUGCAGAUGAGAAGGACGAAGUUUCAUCAACAGUUUCUAAUCUGUCUGAACUAUCGGGAUUGUCUGAUUUGUCAGGAGAGACUGAAGGUCAUCAGUGGAGAGCUUCAGCCUGGGUCCAUAAGCAAAUGUUAACUGGAGCAAAUCCAAGGGAUCUUCUUAAUCAUCUACUGAUGGACUCUCAACCAAUUCCUGAAGUUGAUGACAUCACACUAUGGAAGAUUAUCGUGAAUGUGAUGACAGAUCAGCCGAGGCGACAGAAACUCAGGCACGUAAAUACCCUGACGGACGUCGUUCGACUAAUAAAGAAUAGCAAGAAAAUCAUAGUGUUAACCGGGGCUGGCGUUAGCGUCAGCUGUGGAAUACCAGACUUCCGUAGCAGAGAUGGCAUUUACUCCAGACUAGCACAAGACUUUCCAGACUUGCCUGAUCCCCAGGCAAUGUUCGACAUCAACUACUUCGGACAAGACCCAAGACCAUUCUACAAAUUCGCACGUGAGAUCUACCCUGGACAGUUCAAGCCCAGUCCCUGUCACAGGUUCAUCAAAAUGCUGGACAAGCACAAGAAGCUCCUGAGGAACUACUCGCAGAACAUCGAUACCCUGGAGCAAGUAGCUGGAAUCGAGAACGUUAUAGAGUGCCACGGAUCCUUUGCCACAGCAUCCUGUACCAAGUGUAAAUACCAAGUGAGAGCGGACGACAUCAGGGAGGAUAUAUUCGCGCAGAAGAUCCCCAUGUGUCCAAAAUGCAGAGCCAACGCCUUACCCUCCAUUGCCGUUGGGAAUCCGAACGAGAGUUACAGAGAUCUAGUGUCGCAAGGUAUUAUGAAGCCGGAUAUAGUCUUCUUCGGUGAGGGUCUGCCGGACGCCUUCCACGACGCCAUGGCCAAAGACAAGGACGACUGUGAUCUCUUAAUUGUUAUCGGCUCGUCGCUUAAAGUUCGGCCAGUAGCGCUUAUACCUUCCUCCAUUCCGUCGCACGUUCCACAGAUUCUCAUAAACCGAGAGUCGCUGCCGCACCUGAAGUUCGACGUCGAGCUCUUGGGUGACGGCGACGUCAUCAUCAAUCAGCUCUGUCACUUAAUGGGAAACAGCUUCAACGAGAUCUGUUGGGCCGACGACAUCCUCAAGGAAGCUUCUCAACUCCUGCCAUCUCGCUUCACUGCUGACGACUCCUGGGAACAGAGUCAGGAUACCAUGACGAAUCACGAGUUCUCUCAGGACAGUGUCGAGGUCAAUCUGAAGUCCCACCACCUGUCUACCGAGAGUCAGGAUAGCCUGAUGAUCAACGCAAAUACCACGCCAAAGCGUAUGGAGAGCACGGAUAUUUGCAUCUCGCCGUUUCAUGCCGGACACAUGGAGAGCACCGUGGAAGGAAGCUUUGCAUUGCUUGGUGAAAGUCCCAAGAGGAGGCUUGGGGAUUCCAGCGCGGAGAGCAGUCCAAAGAGGAUGCACUUCGGGAGUAGUCCUGGCACAGAACUCGUGGACACACCCACGAGUCAGGGCUUGGAGAAUAGCGAAGUCAAGGGAGACUCGAUUUCACGGAACAACCGUGUUAUAUCUGUGGAAUCGACAUCUGAGAACAAUGGACAGAUUCUGAACCUGGAGGAGUGUCACGUGGUACCUAGGAUGAUGAACCUUCAUUCAAGGGACUCUGGUAUUGAGAUAAUACAGGAGUCUGAGACAUCAUCUCCCGGUAUCACUACCUUCAGGAAGAACGUGAACUCGGCAAUGCAUGAUGGAAUCCUCGUGGGAGAUUGCGAUAAGUCAGGAUUGAAGCCACGACACGUGUCCAUCGAUUCCGCCCUGGACUCCGGCAUCGGGGACAGUUGCAAUAGCAUUGACAGCACCGAUGGAAAGACCAACGCUGACAACAAUGAUGUAUCAAAGAUUCAUGACCUGGAAAGGCGCUGCUGGCAACCUAAAUUAAAAGAGAGUCUUGCCAAGAGACUACCUGAAAAUUCCUACUACCAAAUGACACCCGGAAGGUACAUCUUCCCAGGAGCUGAGAUCUACUCCGAUCUGGACGACUACGACAGAUGUUCGCUCUCUGCCAAUUCCGACAGUUCGGACAGCGACAGCGACACCUCGUCCGAGGAAGAAGAAGAGACAUGCGCCGACGAAGAAUUUUCCGAAGAAGUGGACGCGGAUGCCGAAGCGGAUGGUGAGGAAGUGGACUGGGCAAGUAAUCCCUCCAAUGAAAUACAACGUUAAGUCCUAACGUCUCCACGGAGUUAAUAGUCAAUUCGUGUCGCUGUUACUUUGACGGAUUUUCAUUGGGACUGAAUGAGGCCGCGAAGUUAACAGUGGACAGAAUAAGUCCCACCGGUGCAUCGGUCACAGGAACCGCCAAUUUACGCAUAUACUUGCGUAUCGAGGAAUCCUGAUAAGAAGCUGCAGGUCGGGCCUCGACUUCGUUAAGUCGGGUUGACGAGAGGUGCGUUCGAAGAACGGCCGCGAAGAGCAUGUUCGGCAAUUAGCCAAAAAUCAGGAUUACGUUAUCAAAUUGAAUUUAUCACUGGAAACCUGAAUAUUGGUGUUCUCAGUUUAAAGUAAUCGAUAAAGAUGCGCGAUCGUCUUAAAUUAUUACUGAGUUCGAGAUUGUUAUUACUUUGUCGUAAAAAUACAUGGCAGAGGGUGAUCCGUCUUUCGCCGUUAUCAUCAAGAGGCGUUUAGUAAAUUAGAUAUUUUUUUUUUUUUUUAUAAAGUUAAAUGUCGAACGAAUGAACCUUUCUUUUUAUAUAAAUCUAAUAUCGCGUUUCAUACGAUCAGUACCGUGUAAAAAAGUCAAUAGAGUAUCCAUUCGCCGACACAAGGUAUGAUUCUUCAAAAUCAAAUUACUCCAAACAGAAAAAAAAGUCAUAAAAAGUUACGAAUAACAUUUUAUGACUUUUUUUUUGUUCACGAAAACCUUCAACGUACGCGUAUCGAAUCGCGAGCCUGAUAUCGAUUAAUUAACGUUAGGAUGAUCUGAAUGAUCUAUCGUCACGAUUUUAAUGGAUAUCUAUGCGAAUUGCGUAAGAUGCGAUACGCUGUACAGUACUGAAUUAAAUUAAAACCUCAAUAAUUGACGGUGUGCCCAUAAUAAGAAUUAAAGUUUGUCAAAAUCCCAAAGAAAAAAAAAAUCAAUUGAUCGAGAAUAUCAUCGGAGCCUGUGUAGUCUUAGACCUAGAACAAAAAAGGAUAUAGGGGGAACAGGGGUAAAGUACCAAUUCUCUGUUAAUGACUGGUCGUGCCCUAAUUUACCCUUUUCCUUUUUUUUUUCAUCUUAUUUAUCCGUGACUGUCUGUAUAUAUGAAUAAGGUAUCAUUUUUUUUUUUUUUUUUUUUUUUUUUUUUUUUUUUUUUUUUUUUUUUUUUUUUUUUUUUUUUUUUUUUUUUUUU